CAAGAACAUGUCCCUGUUCGUUGUGUAUUCGUCGCCAGUAAAACCUGCAUACGCGGCUAGCAAGCUGUCACAAGCUGUGCGACAUCAUUCACCUCUGAUAAAGUUCCCCAACCGUCUGGGCGUCCCAAGGCCUAAUGUGCAGGAAGCACUGAUGAUGGCAGCCCCCGCACAGUCGAGCGGCACCCACAGUUUACCCCCGCCUGCGGUGCCACCAGCCGCUCCCCUACGGCCGCUGAGCGUGGACCCCCCCCGUCGCCCCGCUGAUCCCCUGGACACCGCCGCCUCCGUCGCCAGCCUUCCUCCCAGGUACCGCCGUAAGCCGCUCGCCGCCGAGGAGAUGGACUACAUCCAGCGUGGGGGACCAGAAUGACCAUGUUUGCGCCAAAUACUUGCCAAAUCCAGGGAAAUCAUUUCUCCUUUACUCUGCUGCCUUCUGUUCCUCAUAACUACAUGUCCCUGGCACAGGAUCUCCAUUGUAAGUCCCUCAGUGUUGUAGUCAAUAAGCACAGUGCUACACCAUUGUUAAAAUGGGGCUGAUAAGAACUAAGAGUCCACAGCUCAUUAAUCACACAGCACAGAAUUAGGGUUUGGAUGUUCCAUCAUCCUGUCUAACACAUUUUGGAUGCCCGCUGCAUACAACUCAAAGCAAUGGUUGUUUAAAAUCAAGUGGGGUGUGUGUGUGUGGGGGUGGAAGUACAGCCGAUCUUUAAGGAUGGUUACAGAGCCGCUGUUACUCUUGGAUCUUUGAAGCGGUUUAUAAUCGCAUAGCCAUAUUUUCAUGUUCAAAUUAUGUUGUAUCUGCCGUAUAAGAAAUGUUGUCUAGCAUAAAGCUAUCUGUGCAGGCCUUCCUGUGUUUACUCAAGCAUGUCGUCACAUUUGAGUGAUAAAAUGGGUAGGAUGCCACGUCUGAUAAUAUUUAUAGCGAAGUUCUUGUUCGCUGUCAGGAAAUUAAAUGAUACAAUCAGGACCGAGAAUGAACAUAAGAGGUGCAAUGCCCAUAUUUGGGAAGAUCAAAUGAAAGUGUGUAUUUGAAAAUGUAUAUUCAGUUCUAUAACUGAAUUAUUAAAAUAUUCCAUGCGUUAAGUUUUGA